ACACCAAUCUGUAUAUACUAUUUUUUUCAGAUGAAGCUAUUUUGGUUACUGAUCGCACUCUUGGCCCUCGCUACUGCUGACGACAGCAGUUCAACAGGCCAGUCUAACGACGGCGACGACAACGGCGCUGAUGACAACGGAGUUGAUGACAAUGGCAACGGCGACGCAGGGGCCGCGUCAGACGUCGAGGGACGCACAAGGACGUCCGAGGCUGGGAAGCAACAGGGCAGAUUCUUUGGAGGAUUGGGAGGCUUGAGUCCUGUUGGAGGUAUUGGCGGUUUCAGUCCUGUUGGAGGUAUUGGCGGUAUCAGUCCUGUUGGAGGUAUUGGCGGUAUCAGUCCUGUUGGAGGUAUUGGCGGUAUCAGUCCUGUUGGAGGUAUUGGCGGUAUCAGUCCUGUUGGAGGUAUUGGCGGUAUCAGUCCUGUUGGAGGCGUUGGCGGUUUCAGUCCUGUUGGAGGUAUUGGCGGAAUCAGUCCUGUUGGAGGUAUUGGCGGUAUCAGUCCUGUUGGAGGCGUUGGCGGUAUCAGUCCUGUUGGAGGUAUUGGCGGUUUCAGUCCUGUUGGAGGUAUUGGCGGUAUCAGUCCCGUUGGAGGUGUUGGAGGUAUCAGUCCUGUUGGAGGUAUUGGCGGUAUCAGUCCUGUUGGAGGUAUUGGCGGUUUCAGUCCUGUUGGAGGUACUGGCGGUUUCAGUCUUGUUGGAGGUAUUGGCGGUAUCAGUCCUGUUGGAGGUAUUGGCGGUAUCAGUCCUGUUGGAGGUAUUGGCGGUAUCAGUCCUGUUGGAGGAUUUGGAGUUAAUCCAGUACUAGGAGGAGGGUUUGGAGUAAAUCCUGCUUUGGGAGGACUUGCUGUAAAUCCUAUUCAUGGAGGUGGAUUGGGCAUUGGGCCUGGUAUUGUGAGUCCUGUGGCUCCUCCCUCCACAUGCCGCUACUGGUGCAGGACACCCGAGGGUCAGGCCUACUGCUGUGAGAACAUCAACCAGCCACAGAGUGCUGCCGGUGUAGUCAAACCGGGAUUCUGUCCCCCCGUUCGUCCAGUGUGUCCUCUUAGGAGCUUCCAGCCACCAUUCACUUGCUCUAACGACGGCGCUUGCGGAGGCAUCGACAAGUGUUGCUUCGACAGAUGUCUCGGCGAGCACGUGUGCAAGGCUCCUCUGGGCAUUGGGCGAUAAAGUCCCAUGUAAUUAAUAUCAAAAGCAAAAUUUGAUCAAAUAUUCCACAAUAGAAAUAGUGCUACAUUAAGUAAAGAUUCCAUAAUAUGUUAUAUAUGCCAAAAAUGUAAAUAUGUAAAUUAAAUAUAAAUGUAAGGGAACAUAA